CUCCCAGCGAGACCCCUGGAGACCACUCACUGGGAGCAUGAGGAAGGCAGACGGACCCGAGGAAGCCCAUCUACAGCCAUGACUUGGAUCCAGGGGGCUCAGAGCCUCCACCACAGACACGGCACAUCACCUCUUCAUCGUCACUGCCUGUCAGAAUGCCAACUACAGCACCCUCCUCCGGGAACUCUGCCUCAUCCCUUUCCAGGUGGACAUGGAGGCCGUUGGGAAGACGCUGUGGUGUGACUGGGGCAAGACCAUUGGGAGCUAUGGGGAGCUCACAGACUGCACCAGGCACGUGGCAGAAAAGCUGGACUGCUUCUGGCCCAACGCAGAGGUAGACAAGUUCUUCCUGGCCGUCCACCAACACUACUUCAGGACCUGCCCUGUAUCUGGCAGAGCCUUGCGGGACCCAUCCAGCAGCGUCCUCUUCCCCUUCAUCGUGAUCCCUAUCCUGGUUACCCUGCUCAUGACGGUGCUGGCGGUCUGGAGAAGCAAGCACACAGAGGGCAUCGUGUAGGCAGCGGCCUGGGGCUGCCCACCGGGCGCAUCAAGUCAGCAGGGCAAGGCCAGGAGGGUCGGGGUGGGAGCAGCAUGGGCCUGACCCAGUGAGAGCUUGCGGGGUCCAACAGCAAAGCAGGCCCAGAGUCCCCCUCGUCUUCUAGCCAAGAAAAGCUAAUAGAAUUUCAGAGUAGUUGUGACUCCGGCAUUAACUUGGAAGUCCCCCUUCCCCUCACCCACUAGAGGCCACCCCAGGAAUGGGGCGGGGACAUGACCCUGACUUACUCUGGAAGAGUCCCCAACCCUGGGCCCCCCUGCAUGGCUCUUCCCAGACUGGUGACCCCAUAGAUGCAUUUGUGGAUGAGUAGUUUGUGAUUAAAAGAAUGUUCUUGAACUUGGAAAAA